CAGAGAAGCUUUAAAAACCACUUAAAACUGCAGUGAAAACAUUGGAAAAGGGAACUGUCUGCUUGACAUAAUGAUGGUCUACCUUGUUUUCUUGUGCCUUCUGCCCUCUCUAAUUUCUGGAGCCAGCAUCCUGCCCGAACCCAGGAAGGAUGUCCGUGCUUCUGCUACAGAUGCUGAAAUUCAGAGUCUGGCUGAGCAGUUCUAUGCAGCUGAUACAAACAAGGCUGCUAGUGGGGACAUAACCCUGAAUCUGCAAUACAAAGCCUCCAGCUCCCAGACUAGCACAGGAACUGACUAUGCCAACCAAAAGUUAUUUCGUUAUGUGAAUGAAGCCAAACUGUUUGCCCGCCCAACCUUUGCCCGGCUUGUGAAUUUGCUUGAUAAUUAUGCCCAGAAAACAGGAAGUGCAGAAUCUGUGCCUACGACUGAAGUAAAUGAGCAAAAUGCUUUUCUAGACGAGAUCUUCAAAACCUCAAUCAUCACCAAACUAUCUAACUUCUUCAUCUCUAAAGGGUACUACAGCUCAGCUGCCAGCUUUAAGACUGAUCUUAAGGCUAUGUGGUUUGGUCUAUACACCCGUACGAGUGGCCCCUUGGAUUCUUCUGGAUUUGAACAUGUUUUCCAUGGUGAAAUCCACAAGGGAAAGGUAUCAGGGCUUCACAACUGGGUGAAGCUCUAUCUGCUGGAGAAAUCUGGCCAAGUCAACUACCUGAGCUACAGCGCUGAUGGAGUAUGGAAAGGCUAUCCAGAUAUUUAUGCUUUUCAGUUGAAAUGGAGUACUUACCUAAAAACUAUUGGAUCUUUCUUUGUUGGCAGUAGUCCUGAGUUUGAUAUUGCUAUGUACACCUUGUGUUACGUUACCCGCCCUGAUAGCCUGUGCUCAGUAAAGAUGGGUGGCUCCAUUUUCAAAAUUCAAACCUACACUUGGGCCAACUCUACCUAUGGAAAUGGAAAGAGAUUCGUGGCUUCUUCUUACCCCAUUUAGUGAAAUUUUUAUUGUCAAAUUAAAGCUGCAGCUAUGGCAAGAA